CUUAUACUGCCACCUAGUGUGUAUCUGUGGUAAGACACCUCUUUGCACAUGGAGUCUGAUGCUGCUAAGCAGAACCUGGAAGCGCGGGCAGUGCAGGCCGAAGCCGGGGACCAGCGUGAUCUCAUGGCCGAGGAUGAAGAGGACAUUGCCGCAUGCAGACUGGAUGUCAGCUCGGAGUCCUUUGACCCGCUCCUGGCUCUGUACACCCCGCACACCCCGCUGCCAUACCCCAAUGUGCGCUGCUUCAACAACCUGGCGGAGUAUGAGAGCUUCCUGCGGGGAGGGGGUCGGGGGAGAGCCCGGGGACAGGGGACCAAGAAGGCAGGCCGCAAGGGCAAGCAGGCCCCCGACCCCGGGCGUAUAGAAAGGCUCAAAAAGCUGAUGCUGCCGGAGGAGGAAGGAGCUACCCCACCCAAACCCAGGAGGAAAAAGACCCCCAAAAAUGUGCUGACCCGCAUGCCAUGUGAGUAUGGGGUAAGAGGGGGGCAUUCAAUUCACCAUUCUAAACCCAUUGCUGUCCUGUGCAGUUAUACAAUGUAGCAAUGUUUAUCAACACAGUAUGGGAAUAGGGACAGGGAGGGUCUGGGGCUGUUUUACUUAUCGUUCCCUUAUCCAUUAACCUGUACUGGAGUCAAGUACUGGAAUUCCAAACUAUCAGACACUGUUUAGAUUCUAAACAGAGUUCCUGAUGGCUGAGAAUGAUGAGAUUUAUCAAUGCAGGUGGUUUUAGAAGUUAUAUAUGAUUUUCAAUGUUUUGUGCAAUUCAUGUAAUUUUUCAGAAAAGUGAGUUUCCCCCCUUGUUGGUUUACACUUUUGUGCCACGGAAUUUUUAAACAUUUUACCAUUCUACUAGUAGAAACAAACUACAAAUUUAUGAAACAAACACCACUCUAUAAUAUCUCAUAGGAUUAUAUAACUUUACUGUGGAUUUAAAAAAAAAAAAACACAAAAACCCCCCCCCCACAAACAAAACGGCUCCUCACUCACCCAAUUAAAGGGAGACUCUACUGCCUAAAUAUAUUUAAAAACACUGUUUAGUAGAUAUACCCACAGCUGCCUUCAACAUGGAUGCUGUCCAGGAAGUAGGAGGGUCUGGGAGGGAGGGUCUGCUGGAGAUUGGCCGGGAUGUGUCAGCUGACCGGAGUUCGCCGCGAACGGUUCGUGGCGAACCGUGGUGGACGGUUCGCGACGAACCGUGGCGGACGGUUCGCGACAUCUCUAUUAGUAAGCAAGUUAUAGCUCAUAUUGUGCCAGAACCUAAACCUUUUGCAUGUCAGACUAAUCUCAACUGAAUAAGUGGUCCAGAUCCAAAAUACUGCAAAGCUCCUUUUGAUACAAUAGCCCCAUAGAUCACUUUGACCUUGGUGUGCCUUUUCACUGAGGUAUGUCAGAUACCCAUAGGCACAGUGAGCAAGGGUUAAACAUUUGGCAACCAGCGGUGAAAAAAGAGGUUGGUAUUAAAUGGUAACAUAUACAGGUUGAGUUAUUUGAGAAUUUGGUACAUUUUUAACUUCUGUACUUUGUUUGUAUAUCUGUUCUGCUAUAGACAAUGUGGAUAACAGAUUAAUUCUGGCCUUUGUGAAACAGUUAAUUUUUAUUUUGUAUUUUGUCUUCCAGUGCAUGUGGGUAGUCCCUUGGGAGAGCUGAAUCGUUGUAUCCAAGACAGAAUCCGAGUUAAAGUCCAUAUUCGAACAUUCAAGGGUCUUCGUGGUGUUUGCUCUGGGUUCAUUAUCGCCUUUGACAAAUUUUGGAAUAUGGUACCUGCUCUGAAUUCUAUGUUAGUAACUAAAAAAAACAAAAACAGCAGAUCAUGAAAUUAUGGUAUCCUAAUCGUAUUUAUAGUAUCUGGGUAGUCUACAGGUGGUAAGAGUAAAGGAUCAUUUAAAAGAUCAUUUAAUAAAAAUAGAAUUCUAUAAUGUAUUUAUACAUUAUAUGUGUUCCUUAUUACUUUUAGAUUACAGGACCCAUGUGGAUUUUUUUAACUCAUUAAAAAAAGUUGUAAACUUACUUAAAAUCCAGCACCAGCCAGGACAGACUCCUCACAUUAGCCUGAUCCUCCUGGUUACGACUGAUCUUUCCAAUGUGAUGCUUUUAGAGAAGCAUUGCAGAUAUAUGGCACAUGCACGACCAUCACCGCAUUCCACAACCCAAAUGCAUCGUAUAGAGAAGCAUUGAAUGCCCAUCUAUUUCUCUCUGAAGCAAUUACUGACAGCAGUGCUGUUUGUCAGAUUGCCAGCAGCUUUUUAUUUUUCAGCGAGUGAGGGCCUGAGGCUGAUUAUACUAUUUCCCCCCCAAAAAAUGCAUAUUGUGUGUGCUUCCUAACUUUUAUUUAUAUAAAUAUAAUUUCAUACAGAGUACACCAACAUGGGGUAAUAUGGAUGCAUAUUUAUUUAAAAACUAAAGUUCCUUUAGUAUGUAGAGCCCUCACUAUUGGCAGAUGGGAUGUCUGAUUGAUGGCUUUUUAGUUUUCAAGCCCUUGCAUUAUCUAUCAAUUCCCUCACUUCAGGAAACGCACAAAAUCAGAAAGAAGUAGAUUUGUAAGAAUGGCAUAUUGUCCCCAAAAGUAAUUUGCAUUCUAAUCAUUUGCCAGAGACCAAAGUACUGCAGAAAUCUCUUUAAGCAUUGUCUAAAACACUGUAUCCUGGUUAAUGUCUUUUACUUUAUUGAGAUAUUUUAUAACAUUGAAAACCAUGGACUCUGCUAACAAAAUUGUAGGAUGAGAGGGAUUUUAAUCUUAAAAAAGUGCUUGUCUUUUUCCUGUGAGUAUUUAGUUUGCACCUUUUGGUUUAACAUUUGUAUCAUUUGUAGGCAAUGGUAGAUGUGGAUGAAACCUACAGAAAGCCAGUUCUGGGAAAGGCAUUCUACAAUGAGCCUCAACUGACUUUAAACAAGGUAAAAAAAUAUGAAUUUCUCUGAAUGAUAGCACAUUCCAUAACUAGGGCUGGUGCAAGGAUUUUUGCCGCCCUAGGCAAACAUAAAUUUGCCGCCCCCUAUAUGAUAUGCCCACCAUGUGACUUCACAAUGCCCUACCAAUAUGAUCUGCCAUAUGAGCCAAUGCCAGUGCUGCACACAGUGUCUUUUCUCUGAAAAGGCAGUGUGUUUACAUUAAAAAGCCUGCAGGGACAGGCUAUAGACACCAGAACCACUACAGUAAGAUGUAGUGGUUCUGGUGACUAUAGUGUCCCUUUAAUGUGAGGUAAAUUAGAGAUUAGUGCCACUAGUAAUAUACUGGAUUGCCUACUUACCACCAGAUGAGGACAAGAGGAUGAUGAUGGGCUCAGGCUGCAGUUUGGUUCCACUGGUCUGGUGUUUAAACAGGCUCUCUGGAGGCAGUGCUCACAAAAAACAAUGAACCAGGGCCUCUUACAGGGCCUGACCGUGAGUAUGCCUUCAAGGCCCACCCAAGAGUUCACUCACAGGGAGUAGUGGAGUGUAUGUGUGAUGGGGAUGUGUUAUGGGUUAUUGUAGAGGAUGUAAUGUGUGUGUGUGUUCUUAUGGAAUGCAGUGUAUAGGUAUACCAAUUUGUGUAAGGGAUAGUGUGUGUGUGUAUAGGGGAUGCAGUGUGUGUUUGUGUGUAAGGGAUACAUUGUGUGAAUCUGUGUUUGUAUGUAAUGUAAUGCAGUGUGUGUGUGUAAGAGAAGCAGUGUGCGUUUAUGUGUGUGUGUAAGGGAUGCAGUGUGUGUAAGGGAUGCAUUGUGUGCUUUUGUGUAUGUGUGCAAGGGCUGCAUUGUGUGUGUGUGUGUAUGUGUGUGCGAGGUAUGCAUUGUGUUUGUGUAAGGGAUGCAUUGUGUGUGUGUGAUGGUUGUAUUGUGUGUUUCUGUGUGUGAAAGUGAAGCUUUGUGUGUUUCUGUGUGAGUGUAGGAUGCAUUAUAUGAUUCGGUGUGUCUGUGUGUGAGACCCUUAAUGAUCUCUUCCCGUCCCUUAGUGGACACUACACUGAGUGACUGGCAGGAGGGAGCGCAGUGCGCUUCCCUCCUGCCGGGUCACUCGAAACUUGUGCCCUAGACGACUGCCUAAGUCGCCUCUAGGACGUGCCGGUCCUGUCCAUAACUGAUUUUAUGCAUUACCCAAAACAACACAAGGUUCAUGUGCCGAAAGCAACUUCGCCACUGGUUCUUGGAGUGGACUACUUGCCAGCCUUUUACCCUGUGACUAUGGGCCCUGCAAUAUACCUUGCACAUUGCACUUUAAAAGGCUCUGUUCAUGUGAAGUAUGUACUUUUGUACUCCAGACAGAGAGACCGACCGUUAGCCCUAAAUCUCUGGAACUGUUUUGGGCAUGGGACUAUGUGCACGGUGGGUCAAAACUAUGACUUCCAUAGAAUUUCUGAACCCCUGAUCUGAUCUGGGUGAUUUUUGGAUAUGUUGGACACCUAGAUUAGGGCUAUCAGGGGAUUUGCUGUGUUUUGGGGUACUUAUUCGACUUUAUGAAAAUGUGUGUUUUUUUCUGCCUGUGGAUAAUUAAGUUAAUGCAUUAACUACCUAAAUUAUAUCACAGACAGAGGGGAGGGAUUGUGUGCUGUAUGUGGUAGUGUCGGACAUUGUUAUAUUGUUCUUAUUGGUCUGUACAGUUUGUAGUGCGGUGCUCCAUCAGGUCCAAAGGGUGUGCCUCUUGCCUGAGGAAUUGUAUAUGAAGCCAACCUGUCCCAUUAAACCUUCAGUCUUACUUCACCCUCCAUACUGAGUUAUGUCUCUUAUUGGGGGAAACUGUUACCAGGGAUUGCUAUACUCAUUAUACUCCCUUGGAUAAUCACUAGCUCUUCCUGUUACGCUCUCCUGGAGGAGGGGUCUUUCCCACAUGGUCCUGGAUGUUAGAGGUGGUUCCAGGGUGGGAAGAAGACGGCGAGAUUCCAGUUAAGCUACGGCGGUUGUGGAGUCUGCAGUGCUUGUGGUGUCCGGUGAAGUGCUUAUAGUCCUCAGCGUCAGCUAGGAAGCAUCCAUUGACGGAGGUGCCAAGUCGGGGUGCCAGGUGAUCCGUUACAGUACAGAAGGUGUGAGGGGAGAAUAUUGAGUGGUAUAGAAGAUAUGGGGAGAGAAUAUGGAGAGUGGAACAGAAGGUGUUGGGGGGUGGGGAGGAAUAUGAAAAGAGAAACUGAAAUUGAGGGGAAGAACAUGGUGAAAAUUGAUGGUGUGGGGGACAGUGUUAAGGGGGACAAUAGAGAGAGAGAAACAGAAGUUGGAGGAGAAGAUGAGGAGAAUAUGACGAAGGCUGUGUGGGAGGGAGGGUGUGGCAGAAGGCAAGGGGAAAAUCUGGAAAGAAGGACACAAGGAGUAAGGAAAGAAGGGAAUUAAGGAUAUGAGAAGAAAUCCAAUGGGGCAGAUGUGAAGAUUACUAGUACAGAGUAAUGUAAGAUGGUGAGAUAUGAGAGUUUUAUUACUGUGAAUACUACAUUAUAGGGACACUAUAGUCACCAGAACGACUACAGCUUACUGUAGUUGUUUCGGUGAGUGUAAUAGCUCCCUUCAGGCAUUUUCAUGUAAACACUGUCUUUUCAGAGAAAAGGCAGUGUUUACAUUGCCCCUAGGGACACCUCCAAGUGGCCACUCCUUUAAAGGCCACUGGAGAAGCUUCAUGCACAGUAAGCAGCCCUGCCAAAUGAACUGGGGGGGGUUGCCCACGGAUCAGUUUUGCGCUGGGACCCCAUGGAUUGUGUGUACGCCACUGUUGGGAACCUUUAAAACCUGGUUAGGAUUUCCUUAAACUGUUGGGAAGAGAGGAAAGAAGCUGGGGGCAAUGAUAUCUGGUUCUGGAGCUCAAACUUUGGUGUUUAACUCUUGAAGGUAAUAUGGCACACUAAAAUGUGUUUAAGUUGUUAAUGGGCUGGGAAUGUUCUUUUAAGUAUUUUACAAAAAUAAAUAAACCUCUUAAAUUGAUGAACUCCGUUAAAUAUUCAUCUUAUAUAAAAUGAAAAAUAAUUUGGGGAGAGGACCCCCGGUGGCACACCCUAAUAAAAUGUGCUAUGCAUGCCUAUUACUACCUGUCUCUAAUGCCUUUCUGUGAGUUACAUCUUUUGAUAGCUCACGUUUGUACAUUGUAAACCAGUGUUGCUCAUUUGAAAAUCUCUUUAAAGUGUUUUUUUUUUAUUUUCUUUUUAUUAUUAUAAGUUUUGUUAUACAUUCUGCCACAGCACAUUCCUACAUCAUGCUAAUUCUGUAUUGCAGUUGUUUGAAAGGUUGAAACUCCAGGAAUCAGGCUUACAAACUACAGAAUCUGGAGAGGAUACAUCAAAGAAACAGCUUUUUCCCCAAACUCACCCUACAGAUGGAAAAAGUAAAGAAAGCCACAAGUUAUCAUCCAAACCAGAGACUUCUUCGUAUUCAGCUGACAGAGCCAGUUGGACACCAGAAGAAGGUAAAAAGGAGAAUACUGUGAAGAAACAGCAGAAUAGACAUCGGAAGAAGAAGGUGGAUUAUCAGCAGGUUUUCACGCGGCACAUAAAGCAAGUUUUUAUUAGAGGAGAAAAUAUAUUACUAAUCAAUAUUGGUGACUAAACAGCAGUCAUAGCUGAUUAUAGCAAUACAAACACUGCAGGUGCAUGUGCUCAGUCCUGCAUAGGAGAGGAUAGCAUUCAUCUCCAGGGGAAGGGGUGAUCCCAUGGAUUUAGAUGAGAGCCUAUUCUAGACAUAUUUCACUCCCCUCCUUGACAUUGAUGGAUGCUGCAGACUCUGCAACUUGGCAGAAUCUACUACCUUCCACUUGGUGGCACAAGUGUGACUUUGAAAUUCUGCAUUCUGAUUGAAGCUUAGACAUUCCAGGAAUGUCUGUAUAUACGCUGAGUGCGAUGCCUUAACAUAUUUUUUUAAUUUUUUUAUUAAGUGCCUACCAUGUGUUCACUGCUUCAAAAAAAACACCAAGAGUAAAUUAGAUUAUGGUAUUUUUUUUUUUUUAUUAUUGAAAUAAAAUCUUAAAAUGUGAAUUGACAAGCUUUAAUUUCCAUGCCCCCUUUUGUGUUCAAUAAAAAUAUUACUAUUUUGAUUGUGCUAUGUGACAAUGCACAAUUUGGCUGUUUGACUGUGUGGGGUGUAACUCAAAUUGAAGCUAUCCAUAGCAAUGCAAAUUACUAUUUUUAUAUUUAUAUAUGAUUAUGACAAGCAGCAUUUCAGUGUGACUAUCUAUAUAAAAAUCCUGACGUAAAGGUACCCGUAAAAUCAUACAUGAUAAAUGCCAUGGAAGUAAGAGAUGGAUAAAUGGUAAGACAAGAGAAAAAAAACCACAAAAAUAAACUUCAAAUUACAAAUGGCAAGCAAAGAUUUCUAUUUUAAGGAGUAUUAAAAAGUUGCACUUAGGUUAGUUUUCAUCUAUAUACUACAUAAGAGGCACUUUUUACUCUCAUUUAGAAAAAUGUUUUAAAAACAGAUCAUUUAUUUGACUUUAUCAAUACCUGGAAAUGUCUG